AUCGCCCUUCUUCGAUCUAUAUAAACGAGUGCCCGCUCUACGCCUUCCUCGAAGCUCCCCGCUCUUUCGCUCGCGACUCACUACGGUAUGAUGUUGCCUUCUCUGUCGAGGUUUCUACAGUCCUCCGACAACCUCCACGCCGCGGGGCAGCCCGACCCCCUCCCUGUCGACUCCGACCUCAUCGUCAUCCUCGCGGCGCUCCUCUGCGCCCUCAUCUGCGUCCUCGGCCUCGCCAUCGUCGCUCGCUGCGCCUGGCUCCGCCCCUCUCCCGCCGCCGCCGCCGCCUCCUCCGUCUUUCGACCGACCGGUAAGGGUCUCAAGAAGAAGGCCCUCCGCUCCCUCCCGACGCUCUCCUUCGACUCCUCCUCCGCUCCGGGUGGCAGCGGGAAGCUCUCCGAUUGCCCCAUCUGCCUCGCCGAGUUCGCUGACGGGGACCAAGUCCGGGUCCUGCCGCAGUGCGGCCACGGCUUCCACGUCGUCUGCGUUGACACCUGGCUUGGGUCCCACUCAUCCUGCCCCUCCUGCCGUCGGAUCCUGGUGGUCCCCGCCGCCGCCCUCGCCACCUCCCCAUCGAGGUCAGCGCCGGCGGGGCGCGGGCCGAAGACGGCACAGGAUGCGGAACCAAGUAAUCCGCAGCCCUAAAAAUCCAAUUUUUAUGGAAGAAAAGGUACACAUACGGUUCCUGUUUUCUAAUAAGGUGUGUAUUUUACAUUUUACUUGCAAGAAGAAGUAAUUAAACAAUCGAUGUAAAUUUUACGAAUAAAUAUU